GUUUUGUUCGCGCUCCUACUUUUGGUGGGCGCAACGGUCGCGUUUUUUUACUUGUGCGCUCGCAUUAUUCUGACUGCCGUAAAGACAUCGAGCGAACUUCUUCGGGCCUGCGACCUGCGGGUGGAUCUUGUCGGAGAAGCUGUAAAGCACGUUCGGGGCCUGCGCAUUCUCCGCUGGGACCGGUUCUUCACCGAAAAGCGAGUUCUGCGGGCCCGCCGGCUCGAAACGGACCUGUUCUUCGCUCGUGGAUUUCAGGAGCUUUUGCUGCACGUUCUCCUCCGUAUCUUCCCAGAAAUCAUCUUUCUGGUGGCCCUGUUUUACGUUUUAUCAACGGGCAAUACAAACGGCAGCUCUGGUCCAACGCUCACUGUCGCGUCGCUGGUGCUUCUCCGCGGCUCGAUCCAACGACUUGUCUCCAUUCUUGGUUUCCUUGCGUCUCGAAUCCGCGUCGGCUUGGUUUUCCAGCUCUUGCACGCCCGAAUGAUGAGCUUUUGGGUUUACACGCAACGCGCAGUUCCGCAGGUGCCUGCGACUAGUUUUGGUGAACGCAAUUUGUCGGGCUACAAUUUGAGCAGCCAGAAGAAUACGCCAGUUGUCCCAAUUAUCGAAAUGGCAGCUAUUGAGCACCAUGAAGAAGCGGCGCAAAACGAUGAGGAAGACGAGGGAAGUGAACUCACCGGCAGAAAAAGCCGGUCGUCUCCAGGAGCAGAGAGCGAAACUUUUUCAACAGCAGACGCCAAUUUCGCGACGGCCCACAUGAUCACCGGCUGCGUCGCCCGCAUCAGAAGCGGGAUGCGUUUCGCGUGGCAACAAAAUCAAACGAUGGAUCAUCAACACAACCUUCUUUUACGAGACGGGCUACUUCUCCAGUUUGGGGAUGUUUGCGCAGUCCAUGGACCGCCCGGCAGCGGGAAAAGCAUGCUUCUGUUUGCAUUGAUGCGGGAGCUGUACGUCGCUUGCCCGGCAUCCUCUGAAGAGUCGCCUGUUCUGAAAUCCAUGCAAAGCACAGCUUCUGGCUCCGACGUCUUCGUCACAGCGAGCUGCGUGGUGCUCUACGCACCACAGCAGCCCUACUUGCUCGACGGAACGGUCACGGAAAACGUUGUCUUCGGUUUGCCGGUUAAUGACGAAACGGUUGACCUUGUGUUGCAGAUUUGUGAAUUAAAGGAGGAAAUUCUCGAUCUGGAAACGGAACUGCGGGGCAACGCUGGGAAUCUCUCCGGUGGACAGCGCCAAAGGUUGCAACUCGCACGGUGUCUGUAC